CAAUCUGUGUGAAUAAACAAAGGAGCAGAGGAUUUGUUCCUAGCCCAUUGAGAAGCUUUGGCAACUGUUUCCAACUUUGCUAAGAAGAUAUCCGUUAAGUUCAACUUAAUAGUAAGGCCUGAUAAAAAUAAACCUUUCCCGUUUCGAAGAAUGGCUCCCCCCCGCAGCUUUUCCACUGAUAAUAGAAGAGUCCACAUGGAGACAAAUGUUGUUGUCAGAAAAGUUCCAAAUCCAUCAAUUCCAACAUUUCAUCUCUUAUCACAAGAUUCGCCUUCAAGAUCUAGAUCCAAAUCUAGAUCUAGAUCCCCUGAUAUCUCUGAAAACAAAAAUACCAGCGUGCUUCCCUUUGAAUCUCCUUCAUACACAUCUGAAACAGACCCUACAUGGAGGUACAGAAAGAAGUACAAUUGUUUGGUUGUAGAAGACACGGAAGAGGGAUUUUCGAGCGAAGAAGGGGAAGGGGAAGAGAUAACCUCUGUGUAUGACCCGACCAAAUUGACAUGCGUUGAAUAUUUUUUCAUGGAUGACCCUCCAAAAAGACCUUCUUGGCUGGAACCAUGUGGUGACGUGUUAUGCCCGGUGUGCACAGUCGCUGGAGCUGAAAGAUAUGCAAGACUUGCAGCUGAAGGACGUCCAGCCCCGGGGUCUGGAUUGUUUCGAGCUCGACGUCCAUUGAAGAGGAGUUCGGUUAUGGCUGCUUCGGGAGACGUAGGGAAAGAAACACCUUCAAAAGCUGCAUGUUCCGAUGCUGACAAUGGCGGAACUUCAUUCAAAUCAAAUGGAAAUAAAGGCAAAUCCAUUAAAGGAAAGGGUCUGCAGAGAAAAAAAUCUGAUGGGGAAAGUCAGUAGUAAAUGUAGUUAUUUAUAGUACUUCUUCUUUUCAAUUCUUGAUUUCUUUCUCCCCUGCAAUGGGUCUUUUCCUUUCGAAAUCAUGGCUUUUCCGGCACUCUGUUUUUGACAAAUCUUCCUUCUUUGGCCUCUCAAUUCAUCUUCUCCUGCUUUUUUCGUGUUGAUUUCUCACUCUAAUGGCCGAUUAUGUCAAUUCUUUAAAAAAAAGAUUCGUUUUUUGCCCACAAAUCGCCCUGAAACGGAGAAUUUUCAAGAAACAGAGUGCCAGAAUUGUGUGAUUUUGCUUUCUUUUUGUGCGAAAUUCAAAAUUCCCAUUUUUUCCCUCACCUUUCUGCUAAAAUGGAAUGGAUAUAUACGAAGUUUGGACGGUUUCAGUUCAGAGUUUUUUGGGGGCUGAAGGGCUAUAAAUACUCUUCUUUCCCGUCGGUUUAAGCUGAUCAAGAACUGUUAUUUAUAAUUAUAAUUAUUAUUUUCGCAGGUGAAAGAUUU